AUGCCGGCUCGAAUUCAUGAGAACUGUGUUGACUUUCGGGUUUUGAUAUGGGAUAAAGGGAAUGAGAAGUGGCUUCGUGAGGAUGUCCGACCGGGGGCCUUUUAUGAGGGCGAGAUACCUGCACUAUGGAAUGAGUCGCAUGUCAUAGUCGUAUUCGCGGACGCAGAUAAAGUACGCGAUUGCCCAUCGUGUAAGAAGCGCUUCACCGAUGUCUUCUGUAUGCCUGAGCUCUGGUGGUCAAGCUACAGCCGUAGAUCAAACGGCUAUUUUGGCAGCGAGACAUUUCGCGAUAACAACGGAAUGAUCACUGCAUUGAAUACGUGGUCACGGUUCCUCGUCAAGCAAUUGAACGAAACCAGCCAUCAAUGGCAUAAAUUCAACAUCCUCACACGCUGGAUAAAGGACCCCCAGCAAACAAUCCUUCUUGUAUUCGAAGCACCCAAACAACUCCGUCUACGCGAUAGAUUCCCCAAUCCACUGCUCCUAAACUCUCACAACGACACGCUCAGCGAUCCCUUCUGGUUCUAUCCACGUCUAUUCGAAGAUCUCUCUCUUCUUCAGGAUAACUCCGUCUGGUCAGUUCGCAAUCACGUUCGCGGGAUCGAGAAAACAGACCUUACACAAAAGCCGGAGCCUGAAUAUCGAGCUAUGCAUGAUACAGCUCGACAUGCCAUUCACGUCUCGGAAACGCUUGAAGUUGCGGAGAAGACUAUCACGGCGAUCAUACAGCAGCAUAGUACUUUUGAGGCUGAGGCAGCUGGGGGGAGUAGAUCUGCAAAAGCAAAGUUUCGACAUGUUGGUGAACGAUUACUGUGGUAUAUCCACAUUCUACAAAGUCUACGCUGCAGAGCCUCCGCGAACAAGGAAAGGCUUCUUAACGAGAUCCAACUGGCGUUCAACUCAGUGGCGCAGUACGAUUCUCGCAUCUCUGUCAAGAUCGGACAGGCAACGCAAUCCGACAGCGCAGCUAUGAAGACCAUAGCUUUCGUGACACUGACAUUUUUGCCUGCAACUUUUAUAUCGGCGUUGUUCAGCAUGUCGUUCUUCAAGGUAGAUGAUGACACGGGAGUCUGGAGUGUGAAUGAGAAGUUCUGGGUGUAUUGGGUGUUUGCCGUUCCAGCUACGUUGUUCACCUGGGGGCUUUGGCUAUCGUGGCAGUGGUUUUAUAGACCGGUUAAGAUUGGGGAAGAGGAGAGGUCUGUGAAGAAGUUUGGGGAUUUGAUUGGGUUUGUGAAACGGGGUGGGACGGAUGAGGAAUACCAGAUAUCUUGA